GUCAUGUUUGGCUGCGUGACACCACCCUGGGCACCUUCUUCAAGGCUGAGCUCUGUCUAUACUUGUCACCUCUGAAACUUUAAGGAAGUGGAGUGACCCGAAUGGAUGACUUAUUACAUGCUGAUUAAUGUGCAAUGCAGAGAUAGGGAACUCAGGAGCCGAGAGGAGAUCUCUCACUGCUUUACUCCUCACUGAGCAGGAGAGGAGGCUUCCUAACUCCACAAUCCUGUUUACUUUGUGUUCUGAAAACUUCCUCAGAUCCCCUUCCUGUACACCCUGAGCACUGGAGCACAGCCGCAGAGGGUCCGGAGAGCGAGGGGGUCGUUUACUUAGAGCCUCAGAAGAUGUGAUAAUGAAGGAUGUGCCUGAAAACCGAGGAUACAGGAUGAUGAAUAUGAAGCACUGCCUAGUAGUUUUCAGUCUGCUGCUGUGCUUUGGAGUAAUAUUCUACAUAUACUACAAGCCAACCAUUAGCUGGUUGCCGUGUCCUGAAGUCACAGUGUCCGUACAUGAUGUCUGUAUGGACGCAUGCUUCGACGUCUUCAAGACGGAGAACCUUAUCCAAAAUAUAAACAACACCUGUACACUUAAUUACACCUUAGUGAAGCAGCAGAUAUCAAACAAGCAGCUCGAUGACACUGAAGAAAAAAAUAAGAAACUCCAUCAGUCUGAUACCAUCAUUCUAAUCUGGGUUUGGCCUUUUGGUCAGAGUUUUGAUGUGGGUUCCUGUGAUGCACUGUAUGGCAUCACAGGCUGUUAUUUAACAGCCGACCGAAGUUUCUAUGACAAAGCCCAUGGCGUGAUGUUCCAUCUCAGAGACAUUUAUGGUCACUUACCAAACCUGCUGAAAAUGCCACGACCUCGUCGGCAGAAGUGGGUGUGGAUGAACAUGGAGUCUCCAGACAAUGCAGCAAGACUCAGCGCUCCAGACCUGUUCAAUCUGACGUCAAACUAUCGGCGAGAUUCGGACGUCUGGGUGCCUUACGGACAAAUCGUAGAAGCUUCGGAGGAGGACAAAGUCUUUCAAAUACCGGAAAAAAACAAAUUAAUCUGCUGGAUCGUCAGUAACUGGAACAAUAACUUUAAGCGGGUAAAAUAUUUUAACGAGUUAAGCCGCCAUAUUAAAAUCGAGGCCUACGGACGCUAUUUCGGGAAAUACGUGAGCGACGAAAAUUAUCCUGAGAUUGUGUCGAGCUGCAAGUUCUACCUGUCGUUUGAGAACUCCGUCUAUAAAGACUACAUCACAGAGAAGCUCUUCAACCCAAUGAAACUCGGCACGGUUCCCGUGGUUCUUGGUCCGUCCAGGGAGAACUAUGAGGAAUUCGUACCAAAAGAUUCCUUCAUCCAUGUGGACGAUUUCAAAACACCUCAAGAACUGGCAGAACAUCUCAAACUUCUGGACCAGAACCAGGAGAUGUAUGAACAGUACUUUCGUUGGAGGAAACACUUUGUGGCCAGGGGUUCAUAUUUUGGUUUGGAGCAUGCUUGUCGUAUUUGUGAUCAUGUCAGAAGAAAUAAGGGGUACAGAGUGUUUAAAAAUCUUGACAAAUGGUACUGGGGCUAGUUGGCUUAGUCCAGCCUCAAGAUACGCUGCUCUGGAGACGAUCAGUGAGGAGCUGACUAUUGACGUUUACUAGCCAGCAGUCAUGUGGCAUCUUUUGAAUUUGGCCAGUUUUAUAGGUCCGUUAGAAAAAAAAUUACAGAAAUCAAAUGUGUAAAUAAAGAGGGAUAUAUAUAUAUAUAUAGAAAUCGAUUUUUUAAAUGAUUUUUAUGCUGCCAUUAAUUCAUUAUUUAUUAAUUUUUACAGUGUUUUUGAUUAGAUUUGGUUACUAGACGUCGAUUCUUUCCUAAGCCAUGAUGGAAAUAGCACUGAUGACUCAAUUAAUUUCUAGGGUUGAACAAUUUGGGGUAAUAUAAUUAUAAUUAUAAUUGUUCUGAGCAAUUUUGCUAUUUCAGUGUGAUUAUGUUUUAUAAAUUUAGCUCCAGGUUUUUUUUCCACCAAGAAGAUUUCUUCAGGAUCAAACUUGAACAUCAAACAUAAUCUGCCAGACUGCUAGUUUAUGAGCUUUAUGUAAUUAUUUUAAAUUUACCGAAUUAAAAUGUUGAAUAUUAUGAGGUCUAAUUAAAAUCACAAUUUGAAAACUGCACUAAAUUGUGAUUUUGAUAUAAAAAUAAUUAAUUGUUCAGCCUUAUAGUGCUGUAUAAACCGAGAGCACCUGAAAGCAGAAUCUCCACAAGAAACUGGGAAACACUUGAUUACGCUGUCCAGCUUGAAACUGUUUACAGUCUAAUUAUCAAACUAGUUGAGAUAGCUGUGCCUGUAGGUGGAGUUUGAGCUGUGCCUUUAGGCAGAGUUUGAGUUGGAGUGGGGAGUGCACGGCUCCCCCUACUGACUGAACUUUAUAGUUCAAUAGUCAGGCGUUAUUAUGACCACUGGAAAGAAUAAAAUAUGAAAUAAACUAAAUGCCUCAGUGUUUUUAAGACGGUAGAAUGGUGUGACUGUAAUUAUUUUCCUAAGUUAACAUAUUUAAAUGCUGUAUUGUUGCAGUGUACGACAUUGGCUGUGCUUUGUUUUGUUUUUUUUGUGUUUAUUUUGUGGGCGGAGUCAGUAGUAUAAAACAAUAGUACAGUGUGAUUUGCCCUUGAAUGAAACCUGGAAUAGUUUCAGCAUUUGUUUGUAUCAAUAAAGUAAGUACAUCCACGUUUGUACUGGAUUACUAUGAA